AUGUAUGUGAACAGUACAAUUAUUCAGUCGACCAUUUAUACUGGAUUGUCUAAUAACACAUCAGAAUGGACGAAAGUACAAGACACUGUGUCCGAAUUAUCAGCCGGUUGUUAUCGGACUGUUAAACGAAAUCCAUGUCCUUGUUCAUACCGUCAAGCUUCAUUAGAUUUUCGAUUUUCUGAAUCAAGGAGUGAAAAUCGUUUAGAAAGAGCCUAUAAUAUAUCAUGUUUUGUUCCAUCAAGUGGUUUUGCACAACGAACCUCAAGUGCAAGAUCUUAUCAACAGACAUGUUGUUAUGAUGUCAAUGAAGGAUCUAUAAUUACAUCUGGUCCAUUUGCUGGAUCUGUUCUUGAUACGGCAGCAUUAGAAUCAUUACGAUAUAGCGGAAGUCGACCACAACGCAUUAAAGAACGGGAUGAUUGUUGUAUAGCAAGAAAUGGUACACUUGAUUGGUCUAGAUGGUGUAAUUUAUAUUAUGAAAUUAGACCACCAAGUAUAUGUGAUGGUUAUGAAACACCAUUAAAAGCUUGGCUCGGUGGUGAUCCACAUAUAGAAACAUCAAGUAAUAGUGCUUAUAGUUGUAAUGUAUUCGGUUCAUUUAUAUAUGCUGAAACAACUAGUGAUGCAAAUACAACAGCAAAUAAUAAUACGAAUACAAGUUCAACAUUUCUAAAAACUUUAGUAAGCAAUGAAUUAUUUUCAAUUAUUGCUCGAACAAGUAAAACUCCAUCACGUUUACGAAUUGAUCAAUUUUUUAAUCAAUAUAUAACUUAUUUUUCAUCAUUUUCAAUGUAUCUUGGAUCAAAUCGUGAUGUAAUAAUUGAUGUUAAUAUUAAUCCAUCAGAUAGUUAUCAACUUAAUGUAAAUUAUUUACUUAAAAAUGAAAAUAUUCGAAUAAAUCCAUUUAAUUCAUCAAAUGAUUUUGUUAAAUAUUAUUAUUAUCCACCAUCAUUGAAUGAUGCAUCAGAAUUUGCAUUUUCAAUAAUUAGAGAAAAUCAAACAAUAACAGCAACUAAUUGGAAUGUAUAUAGUUCAGAAAACAGAAUUCUACCAGUACAAAUUCAAGUACCAAAAUUAACUAUAUCGAUUUGGUCUGGCUUAGCUAUGCAAUGUUAUGUUAUAACAAAUAAUAUGGCAUGUACAUUAUUAUUACCACAAAAAUAUUUUGGUAAUGUUCGAGGUCUUGCUGUUGGUGAUAAUACAAGUAAUCCAAAUCAAUAUUGUGCUAACUAUUCCCUUAUAUUAAAUGAAACCGAACAACAAUCAUUAACAAGCAAUAGUAUUUUAGAAUGGUUUAAUAGGAGUGCAUCUAAUACGUAUCAAAAUUAUAUAAAUAAUUUGGCAUGUCCAAUGAGUAGAACAUCGCCAACAUACAAAUUUUGUGUACAAGAUACAAUUCUUUCCCAAUCACCUCUAUUAGGACAAAUAACUGUAAAAAGUUCAAAUGAUUAUCAAUUAGCUAAUCAAUUUCUUAGUAGAAAUCCUCCAAUGGUGACAUUACUAUCACCAGCAUCAUUAAAUACGCCAUAUACAUAUUUAUUAACCAUACGAUAUAAUGAUACAUUUCAAAAUCAAACAAAUGCAGCUAUCAGUGUGAGAAUUGAUCGAAAUUCAUCUAUUACUGUUCAAAUACGUGAUGGAAACAUGAGUAUUCCUAUAGAUUGUAUAAAGCAAAAUUCAUUUUACUCAUGUCCAUUCGCAUAUACAAACGAAAAUAGAAAUCAACUUCAAUUAACAAUUAUUGCACAUGAUACAUUGUAUAAUUUAAUAACUUAUCAAAGAAUUCAAUUAAUUGUAAAUGAAUGUAUUUAUGGUCAACCAAUAUGGAAUAAUCCAACUAUUUUAUCAUCAUCGGUUAGCGUUUUAUUUUGUAUUUGUGAUGAAUAUUCUGUUGGAGAAUAUUGCGAUAGAUCAGUUAAUUGUGCUGAUAUGACUGCUUGCCUAUUAAAUUUUCUUCCAAAUAUAACAUGUACAACUAAUAUAACUGAAAUAUCAUUAAAUUCUACACAAACACCAUAUCGAUGUGUACAUAGCAUAACACAUAUAUCUUGUUCGAAUGAUUCAGCAUGUUGUAGACAAGGUUAUCAAUUUCAUAGCGAUGUACAACAAUGUUUAUUUCGACCAGUUUGUAAUGAUUCGAUAUGUGGUGCAAAUAAUACUUGUCAAAAUUCUGAACUAAAACCUAAUGGAUAUAUUUGCAUGUGUAAUAGUGAUCAAAUUUUUAAUGGAACAACAUGUGUUCAAAAGAAAAUUUGUGAUGAUGCAUCAUUAUAUCCAAAUAGUAUUUUACCAUGUACGGGACAAUUUGAGGAAGCUAUUGAUUCAGGAAAUCAAUGUAUAUGCCAAUGUCGGUUAGAUUUCACAAAUUCAUCAAAUGGUUGCAUAAGUACAUCGACAAAUAUUACAUGCAAUAAUACGACUAAUGUCUGUUAUAAUACCUUAACACCAUUAAAUGUUUUCUGUCAAUAUCGAAUACUAACUUACAAUAAUAGUGCCAAUACAUGUCAAAACACUCUUUGUUUAAACUAUUGUGGAAAUGGUAAUUGUUCAGUUCGUGAAAAUGGAUAUACUUGUAGUUGUCCUCCUGGAACAUAUCUUGAUUAUACGUUAAAUUGUGCUGUAUGUGAAAAUGGAUCAGCUGGUCCUAAUUGUUCAUUACUAUGUGAUUGUGAAUUUGGAGAAUGUAAUAUUAAUGCAACAAGUGAAACAAAUAAAUGUUUAUGUGCAAGUGGUUAUAGAGGUUCAAAAUGUGAUCAACAAAUUAAUUAUUGUGAUCCACAGAACGAUUCUUGUAAUGCAGUUGCAACAAAUCGAGUUUGUAAACUUACACCAACUAAUCGUGAUACAUUUAAACAAAUGAAUGCUUAUGAUUGUAUUUGUAAAAAUGGAUAUCAACCAGCAUCAGUAAAUGGUAGUUGUCAAGAUAUUGAUGAAUGUAAACUGGCUUCUACACAAGAAAAUAUUUGUCCAGAGGAUACGACAUCAUGUCAUAAUUUAAAUGGUUCAUAUCUUUGUGUUUGUAAUGAAGGUUAUGUAAAAGAUGAUGCAGGAAAUACUGAUGCAUGUGUUGAUAAAAAUGAAUGUACAACUAAUGCGUCUGUAUGUAGACCAUAUAACAAUUCCUAUUGUGUUAAUCUUAGACCACAUUAUGAAUGUCGUUGUUUGUUUGGUUAUGCACCAGAUGGUGAUUAUAAUCAAAUUUAUGUAGCUUUACAAGGUAAUCAAACAUGUCAAAUUUAUGAUCAAUGUGCUGCAAAUCGUGUUGAUUGUGGUGGUGGAACAUGUACUAAUAAUACAAAUUUAAAUGGCUCAUUACCUACUUGUUAUUGUAGUAAUUCAUUAACACUUAUUCAACUAUCUAUAGGAAAAUAUGACUGUAUUUGUCCAUCUAAUACACAUUAUUAUAAUGGAGGAAUAUGUACAAUUCGACCUGAUCCUGGAUUAGGUCUUGGUGGAGAAUCAAUAUUUCUUGUUAAAGUCGAUUGUAAUAAUGCAACUGCUAUACUCAAUGAAAUAAUAAGAAGAUUUAAUGAAACAUUCAAAUCUCCAUACAACAUUACAAUUCGAAACAAUACAGCGGAUUGUGAUGAAUCGGGUCAACAAGAGUUAUUAUUUGAUAUUAAAACUGAUGACAAUAUAACAUUACAAAAUGAUGUCUUCGAAAUACUUGAAAAUAUAACAAGAGAUCUUAAUCUUGUUCUUUAUACUACUGGUAUAUGUAACAAUAGAACAGAAUUAGUGAAAAAUGUCACAUCAUGUUAUUUAAUUGAUCUAUGUGAUCUAUGUGGUGGAGAUAUAAAACGUGGUAUAUGUUUACCAGAAAGUGGUUUAAGUAGAUGUAUAUGUUUUUCUAAUGAUGCUGAUCCAUCAAGACCGUAUACUGGUGAAUUUUGUUAUCCUGUAGAACCAACAUCAACAUCAACUUCAUCUCCACCUUUAUCUUCAUCUUCAUCUUCACGUUGGAUACCAAUUGUUGUUGGUGUUCUAGCUGGUCUUGCUGGUUUAUUUUGUGCUGUCACAUGUUGUUUAUUAGCUUUAGCUGCUUGGCGUCGUCGAAGACGACAUCCACCUGAUGAAGAUGAAUUACGAAUUCGUCGUAUUUGGCAUUUACCAAGAGCACAAGUACCAGCAACUGUUACAGCUGAAAAUGUUGAAACAUAUUUAAAGAGUACUUCAUCUUCUACAAAUUCAACAUCAAGUCCACCUGAAGAUUCAACAUUAGAUAGUGAUCGUUCAACAUAUCGAACAACUUAUGAUUAUGAUCCAAAUGGUACUGUAAAUAGUGCAUUUUUUAAACAACUUGAUCAAAAUAUGGGUGCAAAAUUACGUGCAACAAUAACAAGACCUGAUACAAAUGCUAUUUUAUCAAGUUUACCAACUUCAACAACAAAAUCAUCAUCAUCAUCAACAAAUAUAACAUCAAAUAGUGAUGAUCCAAUUGAUGAACUUGAUGCUAUUAUUGAUGAUGAAGAUAUAGCAAUGACAUUUCAUGAUCCAUUAGAUGAUCUUUUUCAAGAUAAUCAAAUGCUUGAAGUUAUUAAUCCAAAUUUAAAAUUACCACGUCCACAAAUUGAUUCAAAACCAACAGGUCUUUUUUCGGUAAGAUAUUUUCUUGUUCUUAUUUUUAUUUUUCAUCUUUAUCUAUUUUGUUUAGCUUUUAAAUUGAUAUUGAUAAAGUGCGGGUCGCUUCAAAAAAAAACAAAGUGCUUAUUAUAGGUUUUCUUUUGGUGAUAUUUCUCACUGGUGAUCUUUUUCUUUUUGAUUUUAUUCAUAAGCACAUCUAUCUGUUGUGUUUUGUUUUAUUCUAUUACUAAUCCCUGUGAAUUUAACACUUUUCCUUUAUUUUCAUUCUUUUUUUUUGUGUUGUAAUCUCUUCGUGUAAUAUUAUUAAAAAAAACAAAAAAAAAAAAAAGCAAAGUGCAAGAGAAUAUAAAUCAAAUAAAUAAUCAUUUAUUAUUAAGAAAAAUAAUAAAUAUCAUUCCAUUUUAAUUCAUCUAUUAUUAUUUUACCAUUAAUAACAGUACAUUCAAGAUUAUCAAUAAUGUCAGCAACAUUUCGUAUAUAUUCCGAUGUUGUUGCUUAACUAUAAUAGGUAUGAUAUAUACCAUCAGAUAAAAUCUAUUCUGUCUAUGUUGUUCUUAUAUCAGAUUUUGGUUUCCAAAAAACACAUUUCACAAGUAAAUUUGAUAAAGGAUAUAAUCAUUCAAUAGCAUAUUUCGAGUAUAUAAACAUCAAGUACUAUUUCAUUAUUUGUUUCCAAAUAAUAUGUAUAAUCUAUCAUAAAUGAAUAAUCACCUUUAUUUAAAUCAAUACUCAUUACUUUAAGAACUCGAACAAUCGCUGCAGUUUUCUAAUCACCUUCAACACUAAAUCCAUAAUCAUCUUUCAUUAAUCGUUGUACAACAAUUUCGGGUUAUUAUUGAAGAUCAAGAAGAUCUAAAUUAGUUGAAGAUAUAUAAAAAUGUUUUGAAAAGAAAAAAUAAUAUUCAAUUCAAAUGUAUCCGUAAAAUCUUUAUAGUUUUCUUUUUCAAGAAAUUUUUAAAGACCAAGUUCAAUUUUAGCUGCUUCUCUUAAUGAUUGAUGUUUUUCGUUUUUUGUUUUUAAUUCAUUAACUAUUCUAUAUUGUUAUUCAUAUUCUUGACAUCAUUUAUCAAUAUCAUUUUCAUUAACUUGUUCAAUUUCUUUUUUUAAAUCAUUAAUACUACAUAUAUUUACUAGAUAACCAAAUUUAAGUUCAGCUUCAACUUUAUCACCAUAAGUAGCGGAUAUAUUAUGCAUUUUAUCAUCAAACUAUGUACUUUGUCAAUCAGUCCAAGUACAUGCUACACAUAUCCAUAUAUUUAAAUGUUCUCUCACUUGUUUUUUCUUUUCAAUAGAAAUAUUUCAAAAUUAUCUGACCAAACCUUUCGAUUAUUUUAUCCUCAUUGAAUAUUUUUGAUAUACUAAAAAUAAACGAAAAUUAUUAAAUAUGGAUAUAUAUUGAAAUAACAAGUUAUCGCAGCUUAUUAAUUUGACAGAAUGUUCAUUCAUUUUUCAGCCUCUUAAAAGUGCCUACAAAAGUUUGAAAAUAUUAAGUUUAUAUCGAAAUUUUAUGUUGUUUUCGAAUAUUGGUAAAACAUUUUUUUGAGGACUUUUCACUAAGAAAUUAUGAGUCAAUCUUUUAUAGGCGCGAAAAUUAAGUUUAGAUGAAGAAAACUCAUACUUUUCUACAACAAUAAUCUACUUCAUUGUAUACGUUAUAUUAACAGUCUGUUUGACAUAGAAUUAAAUGCAAAAUGAUUCUACAAAAUUAUAUAAGCAUCAAGAGUUGCAGAAUAAUCAUUCAGACAUGACCAAGUUCCGUUUGAAAGUCUGUUUAUCGUAGAAAUCAAGAAAAUGACCUAAAUUAACACAAUGUACUUUACUUGAACAUUCACUGUUGACAAAUGACUUGGAGCAAACUAUUCAUUAGUAUACUAUUUUAUAGAGAAAUGUUUGCUCUUUCAUUUGUUGUAUUUGAAGUAAUUUGUGCUUCUACUUUAGAUAAGUUUUGGCGAGCUAAAAUUUUUGAUAUUGACCCACCGUUCUUAAAUUUCUACAGGUUUCUUUCAGAAGCUGAAAAAUGAACAAACAUUUUGUUAAAUUACUUUUUGAUAGUCCAUUAUGUGCAGACAAUAUCUAAGUUUUCUUUUUAUUUUUUUCAUUCAUUUUAUUUUUUCGAUCUACGAAAUCAUUUAGAGCCAACUCUGACUAAUUGUUAUUUGAGAUAAGAAAAAAGAAUUAUCACUUCUAGUGAACAUUAUUAAGCUCCAAUUUAUUUGAUAAAACUGACGAAGAUAUCCAUAAUAAAGAACAUAAUACAUUAACCUUUGUUUCUAGUCAAUUUUUACACUUUUAAUUAUAUAAUAAGCAGUUACAGAAAAUUUCAAAGACUCUAUGCUGAUAGAAAGCAAUUAAAUAGCAUAUGACUG